AUGAUAGACCAGCAUCUGGACAAUUUGAGCGCCGGUACUAUCCUCAAGGGACUAAAUGUCUUCACUAAUAAAUUUCCUGAACUGGGAAUAUUACACAUUCCCGCCUUUCAAAAAGACCUACAGUCUAAUUCCCAGUCCACAAGAACGCUCCUGGCGGCUAUGCUGGCGGUUGUGAAAGUGCAGCCAGUAUUGGUGAAUCAAGACUGGGCGGUCCAUUUACUCUCCAGUGAGGCUUAUUUGGAUUACACCAAAGCCAAACUAGCCGAUGAAAUACUACGACCGCCUCGCAUCCACACCGUGCAAUCCCUGCUAAUUAUGACACUACACGAAUGGGGCUCUUGUGGCUUUCAUCAGGCAUGGAUCUAUUGUGGAAUAGCAACUCGAGUGAUGCAAGCGAUUCACAGCCAACGAGUAGCACCCUACCCACUAGAACCAACAGCUGACGGGUCAAAAGACGCAGUAUCCUUGGCUAUUGAAAAUCGAGCAUUCUGGGCAUGUUUCAUCAUGGAUCGAAUGAUCAGCUCUGGCACAUACAACCCACCCAUGCUACCAAUGUCCGAGAUGGUCAAGCUGAAGGUUAUGCGUCCAUUGAGCACGGUAGAAUUUGCCUUUGGCCCUGAUGCUAACCUAAUCACCAUGGGCUUUGAGCGAAGCACACCGCUCCUUGAUCAACAACCCGAGGAGCCUUUAAUCAUCGCCCACGGGUUUGAGAUCCUAGUAUCCGGAUUCGAUAUCUGGGCACAAGUCAUGACGUUCAUUUUUAAUGAUGGUCGACGGGCUCCAGGGAUGUGCGCACCAGAGAAUUGUCCGUGGGUGAGCGGGUCACCCUGGUAUCGCACACAAAGUCAACUUAGGGCGUGGCGAGCAGGACAGCAUCAUCGACUUCAUUAUCCCAGCAACUCAGUGGCUAUUCACAUGAGCCUUGGUUAUGGAGAAUCUUUCACAUACAUUAACCUGCUAUACUAUGUCUGCACUCUUAUGCUACAUCGGGAAUACUUCCCGUUCUUACCGACCACGGUAUCAGCGCCGAGAGGACCAGUCGAUCACCCAACCCUGGAGGCGGAGGCACCCUUGGGAUGGUGGGAAGAGAGUGCGCGCGAGCUAUUCGAAGCGGCAGAGCGCAUUGCCGAUCUCCUUCACGAGGCGGGAGAAUGUGGAAUUGCUCUUGCGACGCCCUUUGUCGGAUUCUGCGCAUUUUCCGCCGCUUACAUGAACCUCUACAUUUUUCGGUUUCCACAGAUGAAUAUUGGUCGUAGCAUUCGUGCAGAUGAAUUGAUGAAGAUGUGUCUAGACUAUCUAGAAGAAUUCCGUGGGGUUUGGAAGCUUGGUGAUGCCUGGAUUAAAACCCUUAAAUAUGCUUCUCUCUUAUACGAAAGAGCUGCUGACGACCGCGGUCGGUACUUUGGCAAAACUCGAGACGAUUUCGAUAUUCUUCACCAAUCCAUUCACGAAUUCCGCGUUCUCGAUCGAUCAGACCAGCAUAUCCAGGAGAUUGAAGGGGCCGAGGGGCGAGAUGAUGGCAGACCAGUGGAGCCAUUAAACUUCGAGGGCGACUCGAUGCAUUUGGAUAUGCCAUUAACAGAUAUCCUGACCGAUUUGACCAACAGCGCUUGUGAACAAGGCGCAUGGUCGCAGUGGUGGCCUGCAGAGUUCGGUCUCAUUUUGGACCAAGGAGGUGGAGGUGGAGGUGGAGGUGGAGAUGUUGACGCUGCAACGAGGCAAAAUAAUACUUCUGGGGUCUCAGACGCGGGUCAUCAACUUCCCACAGUACAUCCAGCGGACGCAUACAAUGAUUAA